CAGAAAACAUUCUUUCCUAAACCGGUCUGGCGUUUUCAAAAUAGUCCCAAAAAGGGGUUUUAUCUACUAGAACAAGUUUAUGCAAUUGCAUCUACCGAUAAUGCGGAACAGUGAGUUCAGUUUAACUUACCUCUUUUUGCUUACAAACACUUAAAUCUAAAACUGUCAUUUAUCCAACAACGUUACUUUCAAAUCGUAUGGUAGCUAGAGAUCGGCGACAUUACACUCUUGGGUAGCUAGCCUUUCAUUUAACAUUUACAGCAAGGUAACGUUAGUCAGCUGGCUAGCUAGCUAGCUAGCUGGCUCUGAAAGUCGAAUGAGUGUAACAUUUAUCAGUUGCUUUCCAAUAGCUUUAAUGUGUAUUUAAUGUUUAUUUGCCAGUUGCAUAUUGUGAAGCGGCAUUGGUUAACUUUUCCGAAACUCUUUCAAUCAAACUUGCUAGUUGGGUGCACGCGUCAAAGUCAUAUCUUUUAAAGUUGUUUUAUGACGGGCUAGCUAGCUAGAUUGUGUGGCAAAACCCGCUUUCUGUUUUGAGGCAUCGUGGCGAAUGGGGUUUGACACUUCCGUUUAGAGUACUUGUUUAACUUGCUAGCUACGUUUAGGUAACAUUUUUGAUAUUGUUACGUUAGUUAGAGCCGACUGCUCGCUGAAUAGAUUAAUUUGAACUGAAUCGCUCCCGUUACAUUGUUGCCACAUGAGGAGUCAUUGGAUCAGGGUGGGUGUUUUUGGGUCGGCGGCAUUAGGGUCCAUGUUGUGGUCGGAGAAAACUGCUCCCGUUCAAACGGAUUCUGCGAAGUUCUCCGAAAAAUAUGGCGAUCAGUCUCAAUACGAGCUCAAGCUGGUCCAAAUCCUGUUCCGACACGGCGCUCGGACUCCACUGAAGUCAAUACCGGAUAUAAUGGAGGCGCAGUGGGUCCCCAAUCUUCUGAAAGUCCCUGCUCACACAGAGGUCAAUUACGUAGUUACAGACCUGAGUGGUGGGCCCCGGCCCCCGGCUCCUGUGGAGGACAGCUACAGAGCCAGCACCCUUACGGGUGGGACACAUCCUGGUCAGUUGACCACAGUGGGCAUGCAGCAGCUGUAUGAUCUGGGCAAUAGGCUCAGGAAGAGGUAUAUUGAAGAUGUGCGCUUCCUCACACCGGAGUUCAACCCAACUGAAGUCUAUGUGCGGUCCACCAACAUUGUGAGGACAAUAGAAUCUGCCAAGUGUCUGGUGGCGGGCUUGUUCCAUCAGAAGCAGGGAGAUAUUGUGCCCAUCGUUACCACGGAAGCCGAGAGUGAGGUCCUCUACCCCAACUACCACAGCUGCAGGCUGCUCAAAUUCCUGAGUGGCCAUCGCUGGGCAGAGUCCUUGCAGCUCCCAGACAUUGACAGGGACCUGAAGAAGCUGCAGGGCAUGCUGGGUAUCGCUGCACACCAGCGCGUGGACUUCAUCCUGAUCCGGGACGACAUGGUGGCCAGAGAGACGCACGGUCUGCCUUGUCCGCCUGUGCUGAGCACCUGGAGGACCACAGUGGAGCAGAGAGCGGUGGACAUGAUGUGCCACAUCUACGACCCCAGCCAGAGGCAAAAUCUUCAGCUGUGUGUUGGACGGGUACUGAACAUUCUGGUAGGAAACAUGGAGGACAAAGUUAAAGGAGUGUCAUCUGAGACCAACAGAAAGCUGAACCUCUACUCUGUGCACGACACCACCCUGAUGCCCUGCCUUAUGGCACUGGGAAUCUUUGACAUGAAGUGGCCACCCUACGCUGCAGAGAUCACGCUGGAACUCCACCAGCACCGCGACACCAAAGAGCCCUUCGUCAAGGUGUCUUACAUCGGCCAGGACAAGCUGAUUCCAGGUUGCAGUGGGAUCUACUGCCCCCUGAAGGAAUUCAAGGAGGUCAUGUCGACCUAUUCUCUCACUGCUGAAAACUACCGGUCACUAUGCAACCAGACCCAUGAGGACUGAAGAAAUGAUCCAUUCUCUCUUGCCGUUCAGCUGAAAUGUUUCCACACAUUUGCUUUUUAUGAACUUAUAACCACAUUCAAUCUUGGCAGCUAUGUGGUCUGUUCUAAACCUCAAUUAAAGGAAGAUUUUUUAACAGGGUUUCCACUCGUCCUGAAAAACCUGGAUAUUUCUAGUCUGGUUUCCCAGUCAUGGUAAUGGUGGGGGAGCAUGAUAGCCCAGUCCCCCAGCUUUGGGCUACCUUUGUCCAUGUUUCAUGCAUGCAAGCCGUGGAAAAUAUCCUUGAAUGUUCUGGAAAGCUAUUUCCUAAAAAGAGUGGGAACCCGUUUUUUUGUUGUUUGUUUUCUUGCACAUGAGUUUGGUAGUUUCUAAAGCUAAAUGGGAAAAAUGUUUUUAAUCAUAAAGAACUAGUGCAUUUCUGCAAGAUUGAAUUGGGGGGCAUAGCCAUGAAUUUGGCUGAGGAAGCUUAAUCAUGUUAAAUGUGCAGUUCAUUAUUGUUUUUUAAAGUAAUAAAAUAAUUGUUUUUUUCUGGACAUAAGGGCUUACUAUGAAAUCCCCAGAAGUAAUUUUAUUUUGAAAAGCUGCAAAUCUUUUCCAGGGGACUACAUGGUACUUGAUGAAUGUUUAGUAAUAAACUUCAUUAAAGUUGAA